GCAUUUUUCUUGUUGGACUUUGUAACAAGAUGCGAGGAUUGAAGACCCUUGAGUCACCUGAUCAGUUCCUGCCCAAAGAAAGAAACUAAAAGUUGUGAAAUGGAAAACCCCCCAUCGGAAAUGAGUCCUUCCGGGGACUGUAAGGAGGGGGUUUCCAUCUCAGAAAAGAGUUUUAAAAGUGCUCAGCAGCAGAGGUCAGUCUCACCUGUACCCAGCUGUGCAUCCAUGAAGAGUGACCGGUCAAUAGACAGACCAAUCAAUUUUAAAGAUGGACAGAUUUCUGAGGGUCAAAGUGUCCAUGAGGAGAGAUCAGUCUCACCUGUACCCAGCUGUAUAUCCAUGAGGAGUGUCAUGUCAAUGAGUACACCAGUUCAAUUCAGGGAGCAAGAACCUCCUACAAGUCAAAGUGUCCAGCAGGUUAGAACAGCGUCACCUGUACCCAGCUGUGUAUCCAUGAAGAGCGACAGGUCAAUACCUGAACCAAUUAAUUUUGAAGGGGGAGAAUUUCCUAAAGGUCAAAGUGUCCAAGAAGAGAGAUCAGGCUCACCUGUACCCAGCUGCAUAUCCAUGAGAAGUGUCCCAUCAAUGAGAACUCCACUUAAUUUUAGGGAGCAAGAACCUCCUACAAGUCAAAGUGUCCAGCAGGAUAGAGAGGUAUCACCUGUUUCCAGUUGUACUUCCACAAAGAGUGAAAUGUCAGUUAUCUGUAAUGAAGGAGAACUCAUGAUAACAUGUCAGCAAGAAAUUAAAUCCCACCUGAAAAAUAAGUUUCAGUGUGUAUUUGAAGGACAAGCUAAGCAAGGAAACCCAACCCUUCUAAAGGAUAUUUACACAGAGCUCUACAUAACUGAAGGUGGUACUGGUGGGAUCAGUGAGGAACAUGAAGUGAUACACAUCGAGAGAGCAUUCAAAAAAACAGAUGUACAAGAAACUACAAUCAAAUGCAGGGAUAUUUUUAUACCCUUACCCGGAAAAGUUACAGACAUAAGAACUGUGCUGACACUAGGGAUUGCAGGCAUUGGGAAAACAGUGACUGUGCAAAAAUUUAUUCUUGACUGGGUAGAAGGAAAAGCAAAUCAAGAUAUUAAUUUUAUAUUUCCUCUUCCUUUCCGGGACCUGAAUUUGAUAAAGGAUAAAGAAUUCAGUUUGACACAACUGGUCCAUUACUUUCUGCCAGAACUCAAAGAGUUUGGACUCACUCAGCUUUUGAAUUCCAAAGUCUUGUUUGUCUUUGAUGGUCUGGAUGAGUGUAACCUUCCCCUAGAUUUUAAGAAAAAUAAGAUCUCAUCUCAUGUAACAGAGACAACCUCACUGGAUGUGUUGUUGACCAACCUCAUUAUGGGGAACCUGUUUCCUUCUGCCCUUAUCUGGAUAACUUCCCGUCCAGCAGCCGCCAGUCAGAUCACUCCUGAGUGUGUUGAUCGUGUAACAGAGAUACAAGGGUUCAAUGACCAUCAGAAGGAGGAAUACUUCAGGAAGAAAAUCAGUAAUGAGGACCUGGCCAAGAGGAUCAUCACACAUGUGAAGUCAUCAAGGAGUCUCCACAUCAUGUGUCACAUUCCAGUCUUCUGUUGGAUUUCAGCCACUGUUCUUGAGAGGCUCUUUAUUGAGGAACACAGUGGAGAAAUUCCCAAGACUCUCACUGAGAUGUACACACACUUCCUGAUAUUUCAGAUCAGUUUGAAGAAUGAGAAGUAUCUGAAAAAACAAAUGACAGAGCCUCUGAAAUCUUUAGAAUUAGAUAAAGAAUUUGUUCUGAAACUGGGGAAGUUGGCUUUCAACAACCUUGAUAAAGGAAAUCUCAUAUUUUAUGAGGAAGACCUGAGAGAGUUUGGCAUUGAUGUCACUGAAGCUUCAGUGUAUUCCGGAGUGUGUACAGAAGUGUUUAGAGAGGAGUUUGGGUUGUAUGAGGGGAAGGUUUACUGCUUUGUACAUCUGAGUCUUCAGGAGUAUCUUGCUGCUUUCUAUGAGUUUCUGUCAAAUAGUGAUUCCAACCUGCUGGAGAAUACAGUGGAUCAGGCCUUAAAAAGUAAGAAUGGACACUUGGACCUCUAUCUCCGCUUCCUACUUGGUCUUUCAAUGGAACAAAGCAAACAGCUUUUGAAAGAACUACUGAUACACAGAAACUCCUGUAACAUUGCAGACAUAGUACAUUAUAUUCAUCGGAAGAUCAAAACAGAUCUUUCUCCAGAGAAAACCAUUUAUCUCUUCCACUGUCUGAAUGAACUGAAUGACAAUUCUUUGGUGAAAGAAGUGCAAGAUUACCUGAACUCAAGACGUCUUUCAGAAAAGAACAUGAAGCCCACAGACUGGUCAGCUCUUGCCUUUGUGUUGAUGUCAGCAGAAGAAUUGGAUGUUUUGGACCUGAGAAACUGCGUCUUACAUAAUGAAGGCCUUCAAAGAAUGCUACCAGUGAUCCAGGUCUCCAGAAUUGCUCUACUCUCUGGCUGCAGAAUCACAGAGGGAGGCUGUACUUCUCUGGCUUCAGCUCUGCGUUCGAACCCCUGUAAACACCUGAGAGAGCUGGAUCUGAGCUACAAUCACCCAGGGGACUCAGGAGUGAAACACCUCUCUGUUCUACUGCAGGAUCCCACCUGUAAACUGGAGACAUUGAAGCUGAAGAUGUGUGGACUCUCGGAGAAAUGCUGUAAAGCUCUGGCCUCAGUUCUUACAUCAAACUCCUCACACCUGAGAGAGCUGGAUUUGAAUAACAAUGACCUGCAGGAUUCAGGAGUAGAACUGCUCUCUACUGGACUGGGGAACGAACACUGUAAACUGGACACACUAAGACUGUCUGGCUGUUGUGUCACAGAGGGAGGCUAUACUUCUCUGGCUUCAGCUCUGCGUUCGAACCCCUGUUCACACCUGAUAGAGCUGGAUCUGAGCUACAAUCACCCAGGGGGCUCAGGAGUGAAGCUGCUCUCUGAUCUACGGCAGGAUCCCGCCUACAAACUGGAGAUACUACAACUGUCAGGCUGUAGACUCACCGAGAGAGGCUGCAUUUCUCUGGCUUCAGCUCUGCGUUCAAACCCCUCAUACCUGAGAGAGCUGGAUCUGAGCUACAAUCACUCAGGGGACUCAGGAGUGAAGCUGCUCUCUGAUCUACUGCAUGAUCCCACCUGUAAACUGGAGACACUGAGACUGUCUGGCUGUUGUGUCACAGAGAGAGGUUGUACUUCUCUGGCUUCAGCUCUGCAUUCAAACCCCUCUUCACACCUGAGAGAGCUGGAUUUAAGCUACAAUCACCCAGGGGACUCAGGAGUGAAGCUGCUCUUUGAUCUACAGCAGGAUCCCACCUGUAAACUUGAGACACUGAAACUGUCAGGCUGUAGACUCACAGAGGAAGGCUGUGCUUCUCUGGCUUCAGCUCUGCGUUCAAACCCCUCACACCUGAGAGAGCUGGAUCUGAGCUACAAUCACUCAGGGGACUCAGGAGUGAAGCUGCUCUCUCAUCUACUGCAGGAUCCCACCUGUAAACUGGAGACACUGAGACUGUCUAACUGUAAACUCACAGAAGGAGGCUGUACUUCUCUGACUUCAGCUCUGUGUUCGAACCCCUGUAAACACCUGAGAGAGCUGGAUCUGAGCUACAAUCACCCAGGGGACUCAGGAGUGAAGCUGCUCUCUGAUCUACUGCAGGAUCCCACUUGCAAACUGGAGACACUGAGGCUGAAGAUGUGUGGACUAACAGAGAAAUGCUGUGAAGUUCUGGCCUCAGUUCUUACAUCAAACUCCUCACACCUGAGAGAGCUGGACUUGAGUGACAAUGACCUGCAGGAUUCAGGAGUGGAACUGCUCUCUGCUGGACUGGGGAACAAAUGCUGUAAACUGGACACACUAAGACUGUCUGGCUGUUGUGUCACAGAGGGAGGCUGUACUUCUCUGGCUUCAGCUCUGUGUUCGAACCCCUGUAAACACCUGAGAGAGCUGGAUCUGAGCUAUAAUAACCCAGGGGGCUCAGGGGUGAAGCUGCUCUCUGAUCUACGGCAGGAUCCCGCCUGCAAACUGGAGAUACUACAGUAA